AUGGAUGUUUAUACAUCUAAAAGUUCUCGACAGCAUCAUACAAAUGGUGAAUAUUUUAGUACAGGUUUUUCUCAUAUGUUAUUUAUGGCUCAUCCAGAAUAUCGACCAACAAAUCAAUUUGUUGCACAUCUUUAUGGCUUUCAAACUCAUUCAAUGCCUUAUCAAUUACAAUAUCAAGCAACAGCUAAUUUUAAACAAUCAAAUUCAACUUCAGUUAUUUCAAGUAGUGCUGGUGGAACAACAACAACUCGUUCACUUAUUAAAGAUUAA